CUGGGAUGACCCUGCUUGAGUAGGGAGGUAGGACCAGAUGACCCACUGUGGUCCCUUCCAGCUAUGAUGUGAUUCUGUGUUGGGAAAUUUCUGAUGUAAAUCCUGAUGUUCCCAUUAUCCAGCUGUGCCAGCUGCAGGGUUUGGCAUCAGGGUCACACUGCACCAUUUCCUUCACCCAGAGACCCCCCCAGCACCAUGGGGCACAGCCGUGUCCCCCCAGCCUGUCCCUGGUGUUCAUUCACAGGCACACCCAGUUUUAGCAGGACCUGCUCUCAGAGCCCUGGUGCCAGGGAACACUGCUGUGCCCUCGUUCUGUGGCUGCUCCCCAGGCUCUCCUUUCCCUUGCAGUUUGUGCUGAAGCACAGGGAGUUCGCUCAUCUGCGGGAGGUGCCGGCGCUGCCCAACGCCCUGAACCCGCACAAGGAGGAGUCUCUGGUGCUGGUCAAGGCCAUGAUUGACCAGGUCAUGGCCCUGCACGAGGGCCUGGAAUGGUUCCACAUCGGAUGUGAUGAGGUCUACUACCUCGGGGAAGGAGAGGAGUCAAAGCAGUGGCUGCAGCAGCCAGACAACACCCCAGAGAAGCUGUGCUUGGCCCACAUAAAGGCAGUUGCCAGUUGUGUGGCCUCAUCUUACCCCAGGGUGACUCCCAUCGUGUGGGACGACAUGCUCAGGGGGAUGAGUGAGGAAACACUGGCAGACUCCGGGGUCCCACAGCUGGUGCAGCCCAUGAUCUGGGACUAUGCAGCCGACCUGGAUGUGGAGGGCAAAGUGCAGCUCGUAGAGAAGUAUCAGAGAUGUGGCUUCUCCAAGGUGUGGUUUGCAAGUGCCUUUAAAGGAGCCACAGGAGUGAAUCAGUCCCUCACACUUAUUGGGCACCACCUGAAGAACCACCUGGAGUGGCUGGAAGUGGCCAGCAGGACCCCCCCUGAUGUCCUUGAAGGUAUCGCCCUGACUGGCUGGCAGAGGUAUGAUCACUUCUCUGUUUUGUGUGAGCUUCUCCCAGUGGCAAUUCCAUCCCUGGCUGUGUGUCUGCAGGCACUAAAGAAUGGUGGCUACUCUGAAAAGGUUAAAGAAAAUGUGGAAAAGCUCCUGGGAAUGCCUAACCUGGAGAUUGAUACUUACAUGAGCACAAGUCUGGGCACCUUUCCUGGGAGCAACAUCCUCACCCUUGUGACACAAGUGAGCUUCUACCUCAAGUCAUCAGUGGAUGAACUUCUGGAAAGGAACAGGUAUGUCACAGGCUGGUUCAGCCCCUACCACAGGAAAAGGAAGAUUAUUCAUCCUAUAAUAAUGCACCUCUUCCAGCCAGAUGCAGUCAGUCUCCUCUCCAAGUGGAAUGCUGUGGUGCAAGACCUCCAAGCAGCCAUGGAGCAAGUUUUCCACCAGUGUGCUAUAGAGGAGUGGAUGGAGGAGAACGUCCACCCCAGCCUACAGAAGCUGCAGCAAGUGGUGGAUGAUUUAGAUGAAGCAAUAAAAGCACAAAAUUAGGGGCACUUCAAUUAGUCUGUCUCAUUCCAUGGGAAAACAUGGCUAGUGGAAAUCAGCCACUAGUCAUUGAGCUGGAGUUUGUCAUCUGGAGAGCUGAACUGUGAUUAAACAACAGUGACCUGAGGGCAAGAAGGAAUUUACUGGUGUAAUAGA